AUGGAGGCGAAUUCCCCCACCACAGUUGCGGCCACCACAGCCGCGGCCAGCACCACAGCAACCACAGCAGCAGCAGUUUCUACCACAGCAGUCACGCCUACAGCUGCGCCAACGCCCAGCAGCGCCACAAUCGCGGCUGUCUCCACCACCACCAACAGUUUGGUCAAAACGCAUCACAAUGUGGUGACAGCCUCCAGCUGCGCUGUUACGCCCACCGCCCUGGCUCAGUCGCUGCCCCAAGUGCUUGCCUCGAGUCUGGCCGGCGCUGUCAAGAAUGAGGAUGUCAACAAUCUAUCGCUGGCCAGCGGCCUUUCAGACGGACAGCGCUCGCUCUCAGGCGCGCCGUCGGCUUCUUCGAGUCCCAUACUCAGUCCUCAGGGCAAGAUCUUUGGACGCAAUGCAAAUGGCACAAUGAUUACCACGUCGCGUCCAGGCAACGAGGCCGAGGUGCAGCUGUAUCGUGUGCUGCAGCGCGCCAGCUUGUUGGCCUACUAUGAUACGCUGCUGGAGAUGGGCGGCGAUGAUGUGCAGCAGCUAUACGAGGCGGGCGAGGAGGAGUUCCUCGAGAUUAUGGCGCUGGUGGGCAUGGCCUCCAAGCCGCUGCAUGUGCGCCGUCUACAAAAAGUGCUACACGAGUGGGCCAACAAUCCGGCGCUGUUCCAAGGUCACAUGCUGCCGCACCCACCUGGUCUCUUCGAGACGCCAACCAAGCCUGCGCUAGUAUUAAAUGCGGAUACUACGCCCACGCAGCCGCGCCAUAAAUUUCCAAGCUACGCUGCCGCCAGCAGCUUUCAAGCCGCGGCUGUGCCUGUAGCCAGCGCAGCUGCAGCGCCGCCUGUCUCCAAUCUAAUCUCACAGCUAAAUGCACCCGUGCUCUGUCCCAGCAUGCCGGCGCUACAGACCAACUCGCCCUCUCCCCUGUCCAUGCCCAGCAGCAACAAUACAAGCAGUCUGCCCGUGGCCGCCAGCACGGCGCAUCAGGUGUCCUCCAGUUCGCCGCAGCUGACGCCUGUGCUAACGGAACUGCAAGUGCAACGCAUUGCCGCCUGCGCUGCCAAGAUUGCCAGCCAGCUGCCGCAGCGUGAGCCACGUGCGCAGACUUCCAAGAAGCGCACCACGCGCGAGCUGGAGCAGGUGCUGGCCAUGAGCGAGCAGGAUCCGCGUCGCAUGGACGAGAUUCGUAAGUACUCGGCCAUCUAUGGUCGCUUCGAUUGCAAGCGGCGUCCGGAAAAGCCGCUCACGCUGCACGAGGUCUGCGUCAAUGAAGCUGCCGCGCAGCUUUGUCGUAAUCCGCAGACCAUUUGGCUGCUCACGCGCCGCGAUGAACUUUUUCCCUUGGCGCGUCAAAUUGUCAAGGAUGCGGGCUUUGGGCAUUCCGCCAGCAUUGCGCGUUAUGGCGGCUUGUUGUCGCAGCUGCCGGCGCAGGGCACGCAGCGUAGUACCACCAUUGAUGUGGACUGCGAGUCAAGUGAUGCCGCCAGCUUGCCAUCCAAGCGUCAGCGUUUGUCCUCCACAGAUGCAGCUCAGCUGCCCAUGGACUUGAAUCGGGAGACGGUGGAGGAUUCACGCUACAAUUUGUUUGCCAUGUACCAAAAGUUCGCCAAGCCACCAUUUGAUCUAACGGAAAUUGCAAAAUUCUCUCUGGGCAAAACGGCUGACUUUGAGGACAACGAUUCGCGCUUCUCCUUCAGCAACUCCAGUUCGCCGCCCAUGCCAGUCAAUGGUCUGGAAAGUGAACGCUCGCCCAACUCCACGCUGGACGGCAAAGCCAACGAUUGCUGCGACAGUCUCGAUCAUCAUGCCCAUGCUGAAACGGUGGAUCUAACCGGCGCUGGAGUGCAGGUCAUCUCUGCUGCGGGUGACAAUAUCAUCGCCGUGGCCAAUCCAGCGCUGGCGCUCAGUCCCACGCUCAAUGAAGUGCUCAAGCGCAGCGCAGCCGCCGCCGCUGCUGCCACACCAGAAGCUUAGAGCUUAGAGAAACCCCAAAAC